AAUAAAAAUUGUUUAGAAAAAAAAAAAAGAAAAGAAAAAUGUUCACACAGAUCAAUCCGUCGCUCUUUUUUCUAUGUUAAAACGUUAAAAGACCCGCCUUUCUUCUCAAUCUCUAAGACCCGUCCUGGAUCUUCCUCUGAUCCCCAGAACCCUAAUUUAUAGUACCUCUUAAACUCUCUCUCCAAAACCCUAAUCAAUUUUCCAUUAGAUCCAAUUAUCCAAUCAAUCGCUCACUUGCAGAUCCUGUCUUCUCUGAUCCUUCGUACUGCUGUUUCGUUCAUCUCUGCAGAUUUAGAGUUGAUCCUGCUCAUUGUAGAUUUUUCGAAGACUAGAUAUUCUGAGCCUGAUUACUGAAGACUUAAGCGAGUUGAGAUUUUGGGUUGUUUUAUAGUACAAUGGCAGCUCCUGUGCCUCCAGGGGCACCUAGGCAACAAUCACCACCACCACCUAAUUAUAAUCCUAAUUAUCAGCAGAAUCGCAAUUCAUUAUCUGAUAAUCUGCAAAAUAUGAACCUCAAUCGGCCCCUUUCAAUGCCCAAUUCAGCUCCUAGGCCGUCACCUUUUCCUUCCUCAGCCCCUUCACCAUCACUGUCCCGCCCAGGUCCACCACCUCCGGGUGCAUUCCCUAGACCCUCAGUGCCUCCCUCAGGGUCUCUACCACCUACAUUGCUCCCAAACAUGGGUCCAGCCAGACCCACUGGCCUGCCUUUUAGCCAGCCUUCACCUUUUGGAUCCAGACCACCUCCUGCAUCAUUGCCUUCUGCUGGCAGAAGUGCGGGUAUGGUCCCUUCCUCUGGGGCAUCAUCUCAUGGAUCACUUGCACCAAGACUGGCUGCUCAGCCAAGUCCUAAUGCACCUUCCGCUACUCCUUUAUCUGUACCCCCUUCAGUCUCAUCCGGUGGUUUAGUCAGUAAUGGGCCACCUGCACCAACUUUCCUUGGAGGGCCACGGUUUCCUCCAUCUGCCGCUGCCACACAACAACCACUGAUGGGUCCUCCGACGAUUGGGGCAGCUCAGGUACCUCCUCAAGCACCAGGUAUGCAUCCCCUAACGGGGAGUCCUGGGAUCAGUGCUCAACGGCCAUCUCCAUUUUCAGCAGCAGCUCAAGGGGCACCAUCAUAUUCAGCACCACCGCAAGGGAUGCCAUCAUUUUCUGCACCACCUCAACGGAUGUCACCACCAGUAGGAUUUCCUUUUGGUCAACAGAUGCAAACCCAAACAGUGGCUCCACCUCCAAUUCCUGGUGCUGUGCCUCCUACAAUGUAUGGAAUGCCACCACAGCCGCCACUACCAAAUCAAAUGACUGCUAUAUCUCCUGUUGUUGGACAAACAGGAGGUUCUUUGGCAGGAUCAUCAAAGAUUGAUCCCAAUCAAAUUCCACGACCCAUACCAGGUUCAUCUGUGACCCUGCAUGAUACUCGUCAGGGAAAUCAAGCUAAUCCACCUCCGCCUGCUACAAGUGAUUACAUUGCUAGGGACACUGGGAACUGCAGUCCUCGCUACAUGAGGUGCACAAUUAAUCAGAUCCCAUGUACUGUUGAUCUUUUGACGACAUCUGGCAUGCAGCUGGCUUUGUUAGUCCAACCUUUGGCCCUUCCUCAUCCAUCUGAGGAGCCCAUCCAGCUUGUUGAUUUCGGAGAAAGUGGUCCUGUUCGCUGUUCUCGUUGCAAAGGUUACAUAAAUCCUUUCAUGAAGUUUAUUGACCAAGGAAGGCGGUUCAUCUGUAAUUUAUGUGGAUUUACGGAUGAGACUCCUCGUGAUUAUCACUGCAAUCUGGGGCCAGAUGGGAGGCGCAGAGAUGCUGAUGAAAGGCCUGAGCUAUGCAGGGGAACUGUUGAAUUUGUUGCAACGAAAGAAUAUAUGGUGCGUGAUCCUAUGCCAGCUGUGUAUUUCUUUCUUAUUGAUGUAUCCAUGAAUGCAAUACAAACUGGUGCAACUGCUGCAGCUUGUAGUUCAAUCAAUCAAGUUAUUGCUGAUCUUCCAGAAGGACCUAGGACAAUGGUGGGAGUUGCAACUUUUGAUUCUACAAUCCAUUUUUACAAUUUGAAACGUGCAUUACAGCAGCCAUUGAUGCUUAUUGUUCCUGAUAUACAAGAUGUCUAUACUCCUCUACAAACUGAUGUUAUUGUUCCUCUUUCUGAGUGUCGUCAACAUUUAGAGCUAUUAUUGGAAAGCAUUCCAAGCAUGUUUCAGAAUAGUAGAACAGCUGAAUCUGCAUUUGGUGCUGCAACUAAGGCAGUUUUUUUGGCAAUGAAGAGUACUGGAGGAAAGCUUUUGGUAUUUCAAUCAGUGUUGCCAUCAGUUGGCAUUGGAGCUCUUUCUGCGAGAGAAGCUGAGGGAAGAAGUAACAUUUCUUCUGGGGAGAAGGAGGCCCACAAAUUACUUCAACCAGCAGACAAAACUUUAAAGGAAAUGGCAAUUGAAUUUGCCGAGUAUCAGGUCUGUGUUGAUAUAUUUAUCACUACCCAGACAUAUGUGGACAUUGCUUCUAUCUCUGUCAUCCCAAAAACAACUGGAGGGCAGGUUUAUUAUUAUUAUCCCUUCUCGGCCCUUUCUGAUCCUGCAAAGCUGUUCAAUGAUCUUAGAUGGAACAUCACAAGGCCUCAAGGUUUUGAGGCAGUGAUGCGUGUGAGAUGCAGCCAGGGUAUUCAAGUUCAACAAUACUAUGGAAACUUUUGUAAGCGCAUUCCGACAGAUGUUGAUCUACCUGGGAUUGAUUGUGAUAAAACUAUAAUGGUGACAUUGAAACAUGAUGAUAAAUUGCAGGAUGGUUCAGAGUGUGCCUUUCAGUGUGCCCUUCUUUACACCACAGUAUAUGGCCAAAGAAGGAUCCGUGUUACAACUUUAUCAUUGCCAUGCACAAAUAAUUUAAGUAAUUUGUUCCGCAUGGCUGACUUGGACACUCAAUUUGUAUGCUUUUUGAAGCAAGCGGCAAAUGAAAUUCCUUCUGCUCCACCAUUGAAUGUCAGAGAACAAGUUACAAACUUUUGUAUAAACAUUCUGCUUUCAUAUCGUAAAUUUUGUGCUACAGUAUCAUCAUCAGGACAACUAAUUCUCCCGGAAGCACUUAAACUUCUACCUCUAUACACCCUUGCUUUGGUUAAAAGCACAGGACUGCGAAUCGAUGGGAGAAUAGAUGACCGGUCUUUUUGGAUUACUUAUGUUUCCUCAGUUUCUACUCCUUUAGCAAUUCCACUAGUGCACCCAAGGAUGAUUCCUAUACAUGACCUUGAUAAACAGGAAGAAAAUGAAUCUCUCAUUCCCCAUGCCCUUCCACUUUCUAGUGAACAUGUGAGUGAUGAUGGAAUCUAUCUCCUUGAGAAUGGUCAAGAAGCUUUGAUAUAUGUUGGGAGCUCAGUUGAUUCAAAUAUCUUGCAACAACUGUUCGGCAGUUCAUCUGUUGAUGAAAUCCCAACUCAGUUUGUCCUGCAGCAAUAUGACAAUCCACUAUCAAAGAAGUUAAAUGAUGUGAUAAAUGAGAUACGGCGCCGAAGAUGUUCUUACCUGCGCUUAAAAAUGUGUAAGAAAGGAGAUCAAUCAGGACUGUUGUUCUUCUCAUAUUUGAUUGAAGACAAAGUUCCAAGUGGCGGGCUUUCCUAUGUUGAGUUUCUGGUGCAUGUACAUCGGCAAAUUCAAAUCAAAAUGACUUCAUAAUCUUGAGCUUUCUACACUUGAGUCUACAAGUUUUUGAGUGGCUCCUGGCUAAUGGCUGUAGCAGAACUGGAUUCCAAAGCAAAACAACAAAUGGUUCAAUGCUUGAGUACUCUGGAGUUAGCGACACCCAAUAUUUAUUUGUAGAGAACAAAUUUUGACAUGGGGUUUUGUUAGUAUGAUUCUAUUUUCACGUUGGUGAAUAGCGUAAUAAGAUUCAAAGCUUUCAUUGUUCC